AUGGAUUUUUAUUGCGAUUUCAAAAUAGAAGUCAUCUUACUUCGUGAUCACGUGACUCCUGUGUUUACAGGCAUCCGGAGAAACAUGGAGGACACCUCUGGCAGUAAUCCUCAAUCUCUCGGAUUUACAGAGAAAUUAAAGUCUUGGCUCUCUUGGUCAUGGACUUACGUGUGCUUCAUUUGGUUCGGCAUGGUGCUGAUCAUGAUAUACGUCCUGUGGAGCCCGCUGAAACUGCAGGAAACUCUUACCUCAGCCUCAGUGUUUUUGAAUACACUGACCCCCAAAUUCUAUGUGGCUCUCACUGGAACUUCCUCUCUCAUCUCUGGACUCAUCCUUAUAUUUGAGUGGUGGUAUUUUCGUAAAUAUGGGACCUCGUUCAUUGAACAAGUGUCAGUGAGCCACCUGCGUCCUCUUCUGGGUGGAGUGGAGAGCAGCUCCACGACUGGUCUGUUCGCAUCAGUUAAUGGAGAGGCAGAGCCUAGGCCCAGUGUUUCAGAGUGUAAGGUCUGGAGGAACCCUUUGAAUCUGUUCAGAGGAGCAGAAUACAACAGGUACACCUGGGUAACAGGGAAGGAACCCUUAACGUACUAUGAUAUGAACCUGUCUGCUCAAGACCAUCAGACCUUCUUCACAGGAGACACGCCGCAGUUAAGGCCAGAAGAUGCUGUGAUGCAGAAAGCCUGGAGAGAGAGAAAUCCUCAAGCCAGGAUCAGAGCAGCUUACCAGGCUAUAGAAAUGAAUCAUGAAUGUGCUGCAGCCUAUGUGCUCCUAGCAGAGGAAGAAGCCACAACUAUCACAGAAGCUGAACGCCUCUUCAAAAAAGCCCUAACUAUCGCUGGAAAAGAUAUCAACUUACUGGUGUACAUUAAACGCAGGCUGGCAAUGUGUGCACGCAAACUGGGACGGAUUAAAGAAGCAGUAAAAAUGAUGAGAGAUUUAAUGAAGGAGUUCCCACUGUUGGGAAUGUUAAAUAUACACGAAAACCUCUUGGAGGCACUUCUAGAGCUUCAGGCAUAUGCUGAUGUCCAAGCAGUCCUUGCCAAAUAUGAUGACAUCAGCUUGCCAAAAUCAGCCACUAUAUGCUACACAUCUGCACUGUUGAAAGCACGGGCUGUAUCAGAUAAGUUCUCUCCAGAAGCCGCGUCGAGGCGAGGGCUAAGCACAGCAGAGAUGAAUGCUGUGGAGGCCAUACACAGAGCUGUUGAGUUCAAUCCACAUGUGCCAAAGUACUUAUUGGAGAUGAAGAGCCUGAUCCUGCCUCCAGAGCACAUCUUGAAGAGGGGUGACAGUGAGGCAGUGGCAUAUGCUUUCUUCCACCUGCAGCACUGGAAGAGGGCAGAGGGAGCCUUAAACUUACUACACUGCACCUGGGAGGGCACCUUCCGGAUAAUUCCCUACCCACUGGAGAAGGGUCACCUGUUUUACCCCUACCCAGGAUGCACAGAAACAGCAGAUAGGGAACUACUUCCCUCAUUCCACGAGGUGUCUGUGUACCCAAAGAAAGAGCUUCCCUUCUUUAUCCUCUUCACAGCAGGCCUUUGCUCCUUCACUGCCAUGCUGGCCAUGCUCACACAUCAGUUCCCUGAGCUCAUGGGUGUCUUUGCCAAAGCAUUCUUCAGCACACUCUUUGCACCUCUGGGUUUCUUCGCAGACAAGAUGGAAAGCUUCAUGCCGUCCAGUUUUUGGCACCAGCUGACUCGAAUCUGACCCCAUCACACACACACACACACACACACACACACACACACACACACACACACACACACACACACACACACACACGCACGCAGAGACAUACAUAUACACACUGAUACCACUCCAAACCCUCAGACAAAAAGUGUUUGCUCUCCUGUCUUCAGCAUUACUGUCCACUUGCUGCAUUGUUACUGAUUAUGUUGGCUGAGGUUGUAUCAACACAGCAAUACCACUCUUAAGAUGCUCUCCCACACUGUUCCAGCAGCCAGAGUUUUUCCAAGACCACAGUGAAUAGCAUUUGCAACGAUUUCACAGGGUCAUUCUUUUGUCAUUAUGUUAGCACUGGGCAAUUUGAAGUAUCCCACAAAGCCUGGUUGCAUAUUUUUUGUACAAAAAUCAAAUUAGGAAUUUGUCAGAGGCACUCCUCUGUUCUAUCACAGUAAUAAAUGAAAUCUUAAACACUGCAUGUUUUUGAUGCUCCUGUGACUACUGUCUAAUCAGAUGAGUUUGUUUUAACCAGUGUGUUACUGACAACAGGAAUCAGAAACAACAUGUGCAUGAAGGAUGUCUUUUGUAGAAUAUGUUUACCAAUAUUUACCAAUAUUCCUCUCUUUCUCCUGCUCAAUUAUUUAUGUGUAUCAAAAAGAUCCCAUCAGGUAUUUGGGAUGGUAACCUACAUGUCCUAUAUCAACCCUCAGUGCCCCGCAGACAUCCAGUGGGGCAGAUUUAAAAGUCUGUAAGGCCUCCUAAAAACAGAGCUGUGAUUUACAGCCUCAAAGUGCCUGCAGUGUAUACAACGCCUCUGCAGUUCAACAGUUGUUACCAUGGCAUGACACCUCAGCACUAUAUCACUGGGGCAACCGCCACCCCCGCAACAUCGAAAUGUAAAUGGGAUCAUCACUGGUCACAGUUAGGCCUCUCGUAGCAUAACUCAUUUCUGCUGAUUGCACUAUACAGAAUGUUAUAAGUCAGUGUGUUAGUCAACUUCUCAUGUCACCAAACAAAAAUGAAAGAGGCACACAUUGCAGUAGUCAUACUGAGAAUCAACUGGUACAGGCAAUGUAACUAUAUAGCUGUAAUACAGUGGUUCUAAAUACACUGUACCCCUGACAUUAACCCUGACGAGCCCUCAGAGAAGCAUUUGGAGAUACAGACAUGCACAGACGUACAAAAUAAGAAUUAUUUUACUUUCUAUGUACAAAAUUUCUUUGACUGUGUCUGUUCAUUUGGCCAGAAAUGGUACAUGUGUUGGUUUUACUGUAACUGGUUUAGUUCUGACAUUUUUUUUCCCUUUGUAAAAGAUUUACUCAUCUUUGUUUUGUCAAACUAAAUAGGCUGAGAUGCCAGUAUCACCUUGUCGUAAAGUAUAAUGUAAACACUGGCUGAUAAUGUAAUAACCUGUCGGAAAACAAAAUUGUAAUAAAGCCUGUAGAUGUAAUAUAUAUUCUUAUUAUCCGUGAAAAAUAUAAUGAUUGAAGUUUAUUAAAAAAUAAAACCUUAACAGUUCAAAAUAUGUUACAUCACUUAGUCGUGGAUGAUGAUAAUAUAAUGCCACAUCAUCCCAACUUUUUAUUACAGUAACAGGUUUAUUACAUUUUAAACCACUUAAAGGUCCAGUGUGUAGGAUUUAGUGGCAUCUAGUGGUGAAAUUGCAGUUUGCAACCAUUUGAAUGCCGCUCGCCUCACCCUCCCCUUCCAAGCGUGUAGGAGAAACUAUGGUGGCUGCAAAACUCGCAAAAAACUAAAAGCCCCUAUCUAGAACCUGUGUAUGGUUUGUCCAUUCUGGGCUACUGUAGAAACAUGGCGGUGCAACAUGGCAGCCUCCGUGGAAGGGGACCUGCUCUCUCUGUGAAUAUAAAUGGCUUAUUCUAAGGUAAUGAAAACACAACGAUUCUUAUUUUCAAGUGAUUAUACACUAAUGAAAAUAUGCAUAUUAUAUUCCAUUUCUGCCAAUAGCUUCUUCUAAAUGUUACACACUGGACCUUUAAGGCGGACAUGAUUACUAUACUUUGUCAAGUUAUGUUACUUGAUAGUAAUUGCAUUAUUGGCGCCUACAACAAUGCAGAGUUAUACUGACAACUCUUCAUUCCACAUGUAAAAAAAAAAAAAAAAAAAGGUAACAGUGCCUUUAGUACAUCACAAUUGUUAAACACACCAAUUUGGCAUUUACUGCUUCUACAAUAUUGAUGUCAAGUUUAGUAGCAACUCUGUUCAAUUUUUAUGGAUUCAUUUUCAUGAAUAGAUUAGCAUUACUAGAUAUAGCAGCCAAGCAACAACGGCAAACAUACUUGUGAAAAAGUAGAAGAGGGCAAGCUGGUUAUGAUGUAAUGACACAUAAAUGUGUUUUAUUACAGUAUGUUGCAAAAUUGUAAUUUUGAAUAACUCUACGCUAAACUACAAAGAUUCAGUUUCACAUUUUACUCUGGCCUGUAAUAUUUGUCUGUUUAAAUUUGGGACACUUGUCUAAGAAAUGUCUAAUUUUAUAGUGUGCAGCCGAAAUGUUAGAGUACAUGCUGAAGACAGGAGAAUGUUUGUAACUACCCUUGGAUGAGUUUGAAGGCAAAACUCAGAAUAAAUUACUCUUUCAGUGCAAUUUC